GUUCCAUUUAUUUUUAUUUUAAAGGCAAAGUCCAUCAUAACAGCUUUCCUCUUUCCUCAGCGCUGGCGUGGUGGAUGCUCCCAUCUCUUGGUCUUUUGGAGACUCGGUUGCUUUUUAAUGGCGGCAGCGGCUGUUGGGUGAGCCAACUGGAGUCUAGAGUUUGUUUUGACGGAAGGGUCACUUUUGCUUGGCGCCAUCACUGCGGGAUUGGUCCUUCCUGGCCCCUCCACCGUUGAAGGGAGAAGAUGCCAUUGCCAUUUGGACUAAAAUUAAAACGUACCCGGCGCUACACAGUGUCCAGCAAGAGCUGUCUGGUUGCUCGGAUCCAGCUGCUCAAUAAUGAGUUCGUGGAGUUCACGCUGUCUGUGGAAAGCACUGGCCAGGAGAGCCUAGAAGCUGUGGCCCAGCGUCUGGAGCUGAGGGAGGUCACGUACUUCAGCCUCUGGUACUACAACAAGCAGAAUCAGCGACGCUGGGUGGAUUUGGAGAAACCCCUGAAGAAACAGCUGGACAAGCACGCCCUGGAGCCCACUGUCUACUUUGGAGUGGUGUUCUACGUGCCUUCCGUGUCCCAGCUGCAGCAGGAGAUCACCAGGUAUCAGUAUUACCUGCAGCUGAAGAAAGAUAUUUUGGAAGGAAACCUCCCCUGUACAUUAGAGCAAGCCACUCAUCUAGCUGGCUUGGCUGUUCAAGCUGAUUUUGGUGACUUUGACCAGUAUGAAUCCCAAGACUUUCUUCAGAAAUUUGCCUUGCUACCCGUGGGGUGGCUACAGGAUGAAAAAGUGCUGCAAGAAGCAACCCAAAAAGUGGCCUUGCUGCAUCAGAAAUACAGAGGGCUCACAGCUCCUGAAGCUGAAAUGCUGUACAUGCAGGAAGUAGAGAAAAUGGAUGGCUAUGGAGAGGAGAGCUACCCGGCCAAGGAUAGCCAAGGAAGUGACAUAUCCAUUGGUGCUUGUCUUGACGGCAUCUUUGUGAAACACAAGAAUGGGAGGCCUCCCGUGGUAUUCAGGUGGCACGACAUUGCCAACAUGUCGCACAACAAGUCCUUUUUUGCGUUAGAGCUGGCAAAUAAAGAAGAGACCAUCCAGUUUCAAACUGAAGACAUGGAAACCGCAAAGUAUGUGUGGAGGCUAUGCGUUGCGCGGCACAAAUUUUACAGACUAAACCAGUGUGACCUGCAAGCCCAGACUGCCACAUUGAACUCAGUCAGGAGGGGUUCAUCUUCCAGGAUGUCUCUGCCUAAACCCCAGCCCUAUGCGAUGCCUCCCCCACCCCAGCUGCAUUAUAAUGGACAUUAUACAGAGCCAUUUGCUUCUUCCCAAGAUAGCAUCUUUGUGCCCAACAAGAAUGGAUUCUAUUGUCACUCCCAGACAAGUUUGGACAGAACUCAAAUUGACCUCAAUGGUCGCAUCCGCAACGGCAGUGUCUACAGUGCACACAGUACGAACUCCUUAAAUACCCCUCAGCCCUAUUUGCAGCCCUCCCCUAUGUCUUCCAACCCAAGCAUUACCGGCAGUGACGUCAUGAGACCCGACUACAUCCCAUCGCACCGGCACAGUGCCCUGAUCCCCCCAUCUUACCGCCCAACCCCCGACUAUGAGACGGUGAUGAAGCAGCUCAGUAGAGGCAUGGUGCACGCGGACAGGCACAGCCACUCGCUGAGGAACCUCAACAUUGGCAGCUCUUACGCAUAUAGCCGGCCUGACGCUCUGGUCUACAGCCAGCCUGAGAUUCGGGAGCAUGCACCCCUCACCUCACCCCAGUCUGCCCACUACCCAUUUAACUUGAACUACAGUUUCCACAGCCAGUCUCCAUAUCCCUACCCUGCUGAGAGGCGACCUGUGGUGGGCGCUGUCAGUGUGCCUGAGCUGACAAAUGUGCAGCUCCAAGCCCAGGACUACCCAGCUCCAAACAUUAUGAGAACACAGGUAUACCGGCCACCCCCGCCAUACCCUUACCCAAGGCCUGCCAACAGCACCCCAGACCUGUCCCGCCACCUCUACAUCAGCAGCAGCAAUCCGGAUCUCAUCACCAGGCGAGUCCAUCACUCGGUGCAGACCUUCCAGGAGGACAGCUUGCCAGUGGCACACUCUCUGCAGGAGGUCAGCGAGCCCCUCACAGCGGCUCGGCACGCCCACCUACAGAAGAGGAACAGUAUUGAAAUUGCAGGGCUCACACAUGGUUUCGAAGGCCUGAGGCUCAAGGAGAGGACCAUGUCAGCCUCAGCGGCAGACGUGGCCCCACGGACUUUCUCAGCAGGCUCGCAAUCCAGCGUCUUCUCUGAGCGAACGAAGCAUGAGGAGACCGAAGAGCAGGAGAGUGGCAGAUUCAGCCACAAGAAGUCCCUUUCUGAUGCCACCAUGCUGAUACACAGCAGUGAGGAGGAGGAGGACCUAGAGGACGGCGGCAGAGCACGCGCUGUCUCGGCUGCGUCCGAGCCCCGCCUGACUGCUACUUACUCCCAGGAGCAACAGCUAAAUUACCCCUGUGCUUCAGGGACUCCACUCACUGGCCCCCUGCAUAUUCUUGAGCCCAAGUCCCACAUUACAGAGCCUGAGAAGAGGACAAAGGACAUCAGCCCUGUCCACCUGCUUGUAGAAACCCACCGGCCCCGAAGAGAUGGGCUGCUGACCCCUUCCAUGUCCGAGUCUGACCUCACAACAUCAGGGAGAUACCGAGUUAGGAGGGACUCUCUCAAGAAAAGGCCAGUGUCAGAUCUCCUGUCUGGGAAGAAGAACACUGUGGAAGGACUCCCACCACUAGGGGGAAUGAAAAAGACUCGAGCAGACGCAAAAAAAAUUGGUCCCCUCAAGCUGGCUGCUCUCAAUGGCCUCUCCCUGUCCCGACUACCCCUGCCUGAUGAAGGAAAGGAAGUGUCCACCAGAGCGACGAAUGACGAGAGGUGUAAGAUUCUGGAACAGCGGCUAGAGCAAGGAAUGGUCUUCACGGAAUAUGAAAGGAUUCUUAAAAAACGGCCAGUUGAUGGGGAGUGCUCAACAGCCCGGCUCCCUGAAAAUGCAGAACGAAAUAGAUUCCAAGAUGUGCUUCCCUAUGAUGAUGCGAGAGUAGAAUUGGUACCAACCAAAGAGAACAACACUGGCUACAUCAACGCAUCACAUAUCAAGGUCUCUGUCAGUGGAAUUGAAUGGGAUUAUAUUGCCACACAGGGACCGUUACAAAAUACCUGCCAGGACUUUUGGCAGAUGGUAUGGGAGCAGGGAAUCACAAUUAUAGCAAUGGUGACAGCGGAAGAGGAGGGUGGCCGGGAGAAGAGCUGUAGGUAUUGGCCAAGACUUGGUUCAAGGCACAACACUGUCACCUAUGGAAGGUUUAAGAUCACAACUCGCUUCCGCACGGACUCGGGCUGCUAUGCCACUACAGGUUUGAAAAUGAAGCACCUUCUCACGGGGCAGGAGAGGACAGUUUGGCAUCUCCAGUACACGGACUGGCCUGAGCAUGGCUGUCCCGAAGACCUCAAGGGAUUUUUAUCAUACCUUGAAGAGAUCCAGUCUGUUCGACGUCAUACAAACAGUACAAGUGAACCCAAAAGCCCCAACCCUCCCUUGUUGGUGCACUGCAGUGCUGGCGUAGGAAGAACUGGUGUUGUCAUUUUGUCAGAGAUCAUGAUUGCCUGUCUGGAACACAAUGAGGUUCUGGACAUCCCCAGAGUGCUGGGCAUGCUGCGACAACAGAGAAUGAUGCUGGUGCAGACGCUGGGCCAGUAUACAUUUGUGUACAGAGUUCUCGUUCAGUUCCUGAAAAGCUCCAGGCUCAUUUAAGCUCCCGUGCUUUUUAUGGGGACCCAAUCAUGGGAAGUGUUUACAGCUUAAAAAGGAAAAGAAAG